AUGCCCGCCCAACAGCCAUGCAGAUCAUUCCGCGACGAAGGCCUGGAGGGCCAACUGACUGGCUCAUCGAUCCUUAUUACCGGCACGUCCUCGGGCAUCGGUGUAGAGACAGCCAAAGCGCUCUUCACUACCAGUGCAACUCUCUACCUGACGGCCAGGAAUCUGGACAAGGUAAUGCACGCUCUCGGCGACAUGGUUUCCUCUCCGCGUGUGCACUUGCUGAAAUUAGACUUGGAAUCCCUAUCCAGCGUGCGCGCCUGCGCUGCUGCACUCCUUUCCAAGACUAAAACCCUCAGUAUCUACAUCGCCAACGCCGGCGUUAUGGCCACCCCCGAAGGGCGCACCAAGGACGGAUUUGAGACACAAUUUGGGACCAACUACCUGGGCCAUUUUCUGCUCUUCCUCCUCCUGCGUCCCAUGCUUCUGGCCGCAGUGACCCCGGAGUCUAAUUCCCGUGUGGUUUUCCUCUCCUCCAUAGCCCACAGAUACUCGGAGGUGGUAUUUGACAAUCUCAACUUUGAUGGCGCGUAUGAUAAGUGGAAGGCUUACGGAUAG